ACGAAGACAUUCCUCGUUGAGGCGGAGCGACAAGGACAUAUACCGCAAAGCCAGACGCGAUUAGCCUCGUUGCAAGCAAGGCACGAUGGCUGCAGCACCACACUAGACGAGGUCGAUGAUUUUCUUUAAAAAAUAUAAGAAAGUGGAAACUGAGAAGGGUAGGCGGCGAAUAAUAAGUUUGGCAAAGUUCAUCAUGUCGGACGCGAAAAUACUGGCGAAGAAGCUUGAGGGCGAAGCAUCUUCUCUUCAACUACGGCUAACUAGCCUGACGAGUCUGUCCGUACUAAACGUCCGAGAUGCUUUGACCAACAUCGCAGAAGAUUAUCGGACCGGUGUGCGAGAGCCGACUGUCAUUUCGCGAGCCCUGGUUGAGAACGAACCCAUCGACAGGCAGGAAUUGCUCGAGCAGAUCAGUCAAGACCUUGAAGACAGUAACAUACAUCCCGAUUCGAUUAGCCUGAACAUGUCCUUUGUAGACGAGUGGCUAUCCCAAGCUAUAAGCAGUGGUACUCUGGAGGAAGGUUCUACUGCGCCACUCCUACCGCUGCCAACUAGGGCUAGAGAGAACAAGAUAUCCUCAGUUUCAGACACGCAACAUUCAGCCGUCGAGAACAGCGGGAGUCGUGCAUCUGCGUCUCAGGGCUCGGCGCCACCGCCUGAGGCAGCACAGGUCGCUUACAAAGAGAACGUUCCGUGUGACGACGGGGACCUAUAUGCUGAUAUAGAUCAGGCUACUACGAGGCCAGACGAUAGCAUAACCGUGCUAAAUGGAGGUAUCGCGCUUCAAGAAGCACGCUCCCGCGCCAACAGCACUGCCUCAAGUGCUAGUAAGCCGGACGACUGGCAUCCUUACGACCGGCCUGAGCCAACAUAUGUCCGGAACAAACUACAGCCUCUCUUGAUCGCUGAACCAACACCAGAUCCGUUGUCUGCAGAUUCUAUCCACGCUAUUAUGCGAGCUUUCCAUCAAGCUGACUACCGCGACGAAGGUUCCCUUACGCGACAUACGGUACUGUUUCAUUUGCGCGACGUAUUGAAGGAUGCUCCAUGGAUAACCUACUCAGAUGACUUCGAAAGCAUGGUCCUGCGAUUUGAUGCUAACCACGAUGGAUACUUUGGUAAGAACGAGUUCCUGUCUCUCAUCCAGAACUUGAUGAGAUAUACAUCGCAAGCAAGAGAAACUCGGGUCGCAAACGACUUCGCGGCUGUGGUAAGCCAAGCAAGAGCCGACUGGGUAGACAGAAGAGCAGCGGCGCCCUUACCUUUUCUACAUUGGGGUUUCGCAAAAGCGCCUGGGGGUAAAGAAGGUUACUUCGAUACAAUCCUUCAAAAUCCUGUCAAGGAUGCGCCGUAUGAUACAUGUCUAUCGGCCUUCAGCCAUCUCGCGUGGGAGGCGAAAGAGUGCGUUAGCAGGAUCAGCGAUUUCGAGACAGAGUGGAUCGGCAAGGUGCCGAAGACUCUACAAGAUGAGUAUCUCGUUCCACUUCGGAGAGUCCAGCGGGUCGCAAUAACUUUCACCCUUCUCGAGAAUAAGUCGUCACCUCACGAACGCUCCGACCUGGAUAAGUUUCUUGACUGCUCUCGUCUUUCUGCUUAUUUACAUGACGUAACAGACGACCCAGAAAUUGAUCGAACGUCGUCUCUCCUUGUUGCGGCCAAAAGCAUAUGCAAAAUCAUCCUUGACAACGUCCUCGGCUUUACAUUCACGCUAAAAAGCGCGGAGAAGCUAAGAACAUCGAAUUACAAUAAUUUCGGCGAGUUCAAAUCUUGGUGGGAUCGAAAUCGAAUGACUUGGCGAUCGAACAAGAUCGUUAUUGAGUCGGCAAAAUGGAACGUUGUCGAGGAUGCUGUCAACCAAUACAGUAAGGCAGGGAUCAAUAAACUUGUCGUCAUCCGAGCCCACAAGUUCAUAACGAUAUUCAGAAGACGCGAAAUCGAGAAAGCAAUGCGGCGGAAGAAGAGGUUUACUGAAGAGACGCCAUGGGAAGGUCACAUCGAACAAGCGGUCAUAUCCGGUUUGAACCAAAACUGGAUCAGCAAGACGAUUGGCCCCAGCAAGAUCUUCUUGAAAAUCUCCAUCUACGAUGAUCAAACAUUGUAUCAUGCGAAUCAAGAAAUGUUCACUACACCUCAGAAGCGUGCAGCGGAGCACAGUUGGCGUUUGGGGCCGGAAUCGAAUAUACGGCUACUACCCGCAUCCCGUGUUGAGGUCUCUGUGUUGACCUUAGACCUCAAAAGACCAGGUGGAAGAGCAGAUGGGACACUCAUGUACAGAUCUGGCGCAACUAUGAUAUCUCGCUUAAACUUCAUGGCUAGGACUGCGGACGUUGGUGUUCGCCGCAUCACCGGCACAUUAUAUCCAGUCCAAGGUUCCUUUUCCGACAUCGACUACGAGAAGAAGUCGGCGUGUGCUUUUGAUAUCGAAAUACACAUGAAGGACAGUCCUGAAUUCAUGGAGAGAAUCAACUCGCUCGAGGCGAAAGAUUGGCGCCCCCUGCUGCUCGAGCAUCUACCGGGUGAUACUGAUCCUAAGGAGUAUCACGUGUAUACUGAUCCUGAGGAGUAUCACAUGUAUACUGACGCUUAUCGUGACAAGGUUUUGAAGAAGCGUAUAGACAGCGUUGGCAACGGGACGUAAUGCGGUACGAUUGAGGCUAUCGUGAGGUGCGUACGGGAGGUCUAAAAAAAGCUCUAAGUACGAGCCGUACCCGUAGUACAGCCGAUCUAUAGGAAGUUACCCGACUGCAUCUCAUCUCUUCAUCAUAGUAUUACAAUUACCACCCACUACACUCUAAAUCUCACGUAUAAACCAACUUGACAAGACACACUUGACCGCGUGUUUCGACGCCUCAGUAACUCUAAUAGCACAUCCGCCUCAACAACACCAACAAACCACGUCUUACAGGAGCCAAUCACGUUAUAACCAAAAUAAGACAUCUCAACAACGUUAAAAAAGUUUAUAAGUGUUUAAAAAAGGGACGAACAGCGAGGGUAUUGAAUAUGAUACAUCGUAACAGAGAAGAAGACGAAGAAGGAGACGAAGAUGCCGGCGCCAAAAUGCUCCAGAAAGAAAGAAGAAUGCUACAAAGACAUGAC